AUGACCACCACCGUCGAGCUCGCCACCGUCCCCUCGGCCGACACCCCCGGCUCGUGCAUCUACGUCCACCACGACAAGCGCUCCUACAUCCUCGGCCGCGUCGCCGACGGCACCCAGCGCGCCUUUGGCAGCCGCAAGAUCCACCUCGGCGGCACCGAGCACGUCUUCCUCAGCGGGCCCGUCGGCUCGGACGAGAUUGGCGGCCUGCUCGGGUACCUGCUCAGCGUCGGCGGCGGCAUCGACUCCGCCAAGGAGCAUGUCGUGACCGAGAAUGAAGAGAGGAGGGCCCAGGGCAACAAGCUCCUCAAGCAGGUCCAACACAACGGCGUCACUGUCCACGGCGGCGACAACCUCUGCCACGUCCUGGCCGCAUGUCGUGCCGUCAUCCUGCGCCAGAGCGUCAAGGUCCAGCCCCACGAGCAUCGCACAGACCCCAGGGCCGCCGACGCCCAAAACAUGGAUCCAGAUUGGCAGGAUGACGCCGUCAGGGUAUGGAAGAUCCCCGUCCGGACGGCCCGCUCCAGCAGCCCCCCAAAGCGCCGUCACAGCAGCCUCGACGAGCCGGACGCCGCCUCGUACAAACCGCGUUCCACCCUCUCCGACCCCGACGUCGCCGCCAUGAUUGUACAAAACGUCAUGUUCAGCGGCAGCCACAAAAACAACUCUGUCCUUCCGUCUAGAUGGCUCCGCCAGCUCAAACCCACCGAUGUAGCCAUCGUUGACGACCAAGGCAAGCUCUCCCCGUACAAGGGCCCCUACGCCACCGACGGCCAGACGCUGCCAGACCCGGACAGGAAAGCCUGGGUGUUUCAAGGCCCCGGCUCGUCGCCCGGCGAUGGGUCCCCGAGCGACGACGGCCUGCCCAUCAACCACUAUCCUCUAUCGCCCACGUGCUACGGCCAGACGUCCAUGUCCUACGUCCUGAAGUGUCACGACCGCAGGGGCAAGUUCAAUGCCCCCAUCGCCACGGAGUUGGGCGUCAAGAGGGAAGACUUUAAGCGCCUGGCCGUAGGUGAGAGCGUCCCGGGCAAGGACGGCACGACGGUGACGCCAGACAUGGUCCUCGGCGAGCGCCAGCCCGGCCACGGCAUCGUCGUCGCCGACAUCCCCAGCCACGACUUUGUCGAUGCUUUCAUGGAGCGGCCCGAGUGGCAAAGUGCCGAGCUCAUGGCCCACAUCGCCAUGAUGUACUGGAUCCUGGGGCCCGGCCUGGCUGGGGAUCCUCGCGUCCAGUCCUUUAUCCAGAAGCACCCGCAGGUCAAGCAUGUCUUUUGCGCCGACGACACCUGCCCCAACAUGAUUACGCACCCCGGCCCCGCGGAGGUCCAGGUCAAGCUGCGGCGCAUCGACCCGCAGAGGUUCCCGCUGCUCGACUACGACAACGCCGUCAAAUACCCGGCGCCUCCCCCUGAAUCGCCCAUAGAGCUGGGACGCGCCGGCAGGAAGCUGAUGCUGAUGCCCCGCAUCGUCCAUCAAGAACAGGCCAUUGCCCCCUUUCCGGACCUCGUCGGAGCCUCCAAUGGCAUAGGCGGCGAGGUGCUCGCGCUGGCCGAAAAGGCAAGGGCGCAGGCAUCCGACCCCGAUUUCCUGGCCCGCGUCGAAGAGAUGGAAAGGGACAUUCCCAACCGAGACGCCGAGAUCAUCCCGCUCGGGACCGGGUCGUCGGUGCCCAGCAAGUACCGCAACGUGUCCGGGACGCUGAUCCGCGUGCCUGGCAUCGGCAACUACCUCCUCGACUGCGGCGAGGGCACUCUCGGUCAGAUCCGGCGGGCACUGGGCGCCGACGAGACGGCCGAGGUGCUGCGCGGGCUGCGGUGCAUCGUCAUCAGCCACGUUCACGCCGACCACCACACGGGCGCCGUCGCCAUCAUCAAGGCGUGGUACGAGCAGGCGCUCCGCGACAAGAGCACGGCGACGCUGGCCAUGUCGUGCAUCGGCCGCUACCGUACGAUGCUGCAGGAGCUGUCGCAGGUCCACGACUUUGGCUUCCACCGCCUCCGCUUCCCCAGCUGUCCCUGGACAAGGGGAAAGGACCGCGACGUGACGACGGCGCAGGACCUGGCGGCCAUGGCUGCAGGCGGCGGCGGCGGCGGCGGCGGCGGCGGCGACGACGCCUGGGGGCUCGCGUCGAUCACGCGCGUGCCCGUGCCGCACUGCUGGCGCUCGUACGGCACGCAGCUCGAGCUCACGUCGGGCCUGCGCAUCGCCUACUCGGGCGACUGCCGGCCGUCGACGGCCUUUGCCAAGGCGUGCCGCGGCGCGCACCUGCUCGUGCACGAGUGCACCUUUGGCGACGACCGCCAGGACCACGCCAGGGCAAAGAAGCACUCGACCAUGGGCGAGGCCCUCGGCGUCGCCCGCGACAUGCAGGCCCGCCGCACCCUGCUCACGCACUUUUCCCAGCGCUACUCCAAGGCCGACAGCCUCACGAGGACGACGGGGGAGGGCGAGCAGGGCGUCCUGCUGGCGCUGGACAUGAUGCGUGUGCGCCUCGGCGAGUUCCAGCAUGCUGCGUGCUACGUGCCCGCCGUGCAGGCCCUCUUGGAGGGGCUGGCUGACUGA